AUGCCAGACACCCCCCUCGUAACACACAUCUACACGGCCGACCCCUCGGCGCACGUCUUCGACGGCAAACUCUACAUCUACCCCUCGCACGACCGCGAGACGGACAUCGCCUUCAACGACAACGGCGACCAGUACGACAUGGUCGACUACCACGUGCUGUCGCUCGAGCGCGUCGGCGGGCCCGUCACCGACCACGGCGUCGCCCUGAUGCUGGACGACGUGCCCUGGGCGUCGAAGCAGCUGUGGGCGCCCGACGCCGCGGCCAAGGAUGGGAAAUACUACCUGUACUUCCCUGCGAGGGACAAGCGGGGGAUCUUUCGCAUCGGCGUCGCCGUCAGUGACGUCCCGUAUGGGCCGUUUCGCCCCCAGCCGAAGCCUAUUCCUGGCAGCUACAGUAUCGAUCCCGCUGCGUUUGUUGAUGACGACGGCAAGGCCUAUCUCUACUUUGGCGGGAUCUGGGGCGGGCAGUUGCAGUGCUGGACAACAGGCAAAUUCGACGCGUCCAAGACAGGGCCCCAAGAGCCUGCAGGGAAGGAGGUGCCGGCGCUGUUCCCGCGAGUCGCGCAGCUGAGCGACGACAUGCUGUCGUUUGCGUCUCCUGUCAAGGAACUUCGCAUUUUGGACGAGGACGGCAGGCCUCUCGCUGCCGACGACCAUGACCGGCGGUUCUUCGAAGCGGCCUGGAUGCACAAGUACAACGGCAAGUACUACUUCUCGUAUUCCACGGGCGACACGCACUAUCUCGUCUACGCGACGGGGGACAGCCCUUGGGGACCGUUUACCUACCAGGGGCGUAUCCUGGAGCCGGUGCUGGGGUGGACGACGCAUCAUUCUAUUGCGGAAUUUCAGGGCAAGUGGUAUCUGUUCUACCACGAUUGCUCGCUGUCGGGGGGUGUUGAUCACUUGCGGUCUGUCAAGAUGAGGGAGAUUUUCUACGAUGUGGAGGGAAAGAUUCAUCUGGCAGAAAGCUAG